GCAGGGCAGGGCAGGGCAGAGCCGGCCCCGCGACUCAGGGCUCUCCCGGCGCCCCCGGCCCGCAGCUCCGGGACCCCAGCGCAGGGCGAUGCCGGCCUCCACCGUCCACGUGCUGCAGCUGCUGCGGGAGCUGCUGGCCUUCGUGCUCCUCAGCUACACGGUGCUCCUCGGGGCGCUGCUGCUGGCCGGCUGGACCACCUACUUCCUGGUGCUGAAGUGACAGCGCCCCGGCCGGCCCCGCCGCGCGCCGCGCCCGCCCCGCGAGCCGGAGAACGACC